UCGGAUCAGGGCCAGAGCGAUCGAAGAUCGGCGAUCUGGAGUGGAAUACGGCGCUACUCUUAACCCGAUCGGCGGAUCUGUAAUCGGUCGAUGCAAUAACGGUUAUUAAACGUUUCCAAUCGCAAACUUUCCGCGAAAGAUUUCCGCGAUUUGCGGCACGUGGAAAGCCUGCCGCUGACUCCACUUGUCCGGUCAGCAGGUGAAAUACCCUGACUAUCUCGGGUGAAUCAUCCAGCCAGACGAACACACAUCCUAAAUCCGUUUCAACCGGUUGCAGGCUACCAAUAAACGCAAUAAUGCGAAAGUGUGAUUCCUAGAAUAUUAUGAUUAAACAGGGCCAAAGUGAAGUGAAUAUUCUAGUAGUGCAAAAGGGCGCCAAAAACAUAAACAAUAAAGUGUAAUUAAGUGCACUUACCAAAAAUCAAGCUGGUAUAAUGAAAUCUUAGUGAAAAUCAAACAAUAAGCAAAUAUAGAUUAGAUGAAUUUAUAUGCCAACCGAAUAAUGUCAAAGAAAAGUGAAACGGUAAAGCUACCAAAAGUCUUUAGCUAAUAGCUGAUAUUGCACUUUCGAAGUGGGAGCAGGAACAUCCCAGCUUAAUGGCCAUUCUACAGAAUAGCCGCCAGAGCCACAAGCAACUCCCAAUCAUCAGCCAGACGAUUCGCAGUGCUUGGUGCCAACAGAGGCCGAUUAAUGCCAUGCAUCAGGAUGUCCGGCAAAAAAGCAUCGGAUCCGGAAACGAGACCAAACUGGAAGCGAAGGAGACGGAAGUUCCCACCAACAGAAGAAGACGCAGAAGGCGUUGCAGCAGUAGCUCCACCAGCGACUCAAGCGCAUCCUCAUAUUCCUCAACAGACUCGGAUUCCGGGUCCUCCACCAGCAGCAGUAGCAUAAGAAGCCAAUUACCCGCCCUCAACUUGCCAGUGCCCCUCCCGCUGGCGACACCCACUCCGCCCGCCGUUUCAUCGCCUCACCAGGCGCCAUCUCCUCGAAGGAACUCCAGCGACUCCAACCGGAGCGUCUCUCCCGUGGAGGUGCCCGUGGAUCCGCACGCUUGGACGCCCGAGGACAUUGCCAGCUGGGUGAGAUGGGCGACGCGCAAGUUCAAACUGGACCCGGAGCCGGAUAUCGACAGGUUUCCCAAGGAUGCCCAGGAGCUGUGCGAUCUGUCUCGCGCGGACUUCUGGGUCUGUGCAGGAUCAAGGCGCGGAGGCAUGCUCCUGGCGCAGCACUUCGCGAUCAGCUUAUACCACGCCACCGGACGGGAGACGAGUCCGAUGCUCAACGACGACGAACCAAAUCCGUACCAGCUGCUGAACGCUGCCUCGCACCGAUUGGUUGCCCAAGGCUCAGGGGGCCAAAUCCAGCUGUGGCAGUUUCUGCUGGAGCUGCUCGCUGAUUCGUCCAACGCGAACGCCAUCAGCUGGGAGGGCCAAUCGGGCGAGUUCCGGCUCAUCGACCCGGACGAGGUGGCCAGGCGGUGGGGCGAGCGCAAGGCCAAACCGAACAUGAACUACGACAAGCUGAGCCGGGCACUCAGGUACUACUACGACAAGAACAUCAUGACCAAGGUGCACGGAAAGCGGUAUGCCUACAAGUUUGACUUCCACGGUCUGAUGGCCGCAUGCCAGGCUCAGGCGCAGGGAGGAGAUCCGGCCUCCAGUAUGCUGGGUUCCUACAAUCACCACGCCGGCGGUGCGAUGCAGUUGGGCCGCCACCCGCCGCCACUGCACCACCAUCCACAGCACUCACAUCCGCACCACCAGCUGGGGCAGCCCCACUUUCUGCACCCGCACCACUCGUCGCCCGCCUCGAACAGCUCCAGCCUGGGAUUCCCCUCGUCCUCGACGGCCUCUUCGCAGGCCUCGCCCGGCCAGGCGCCCGCCUCCUCCUCCGCCUCCACUUCGAAUUUUACUGCUCCAUUCCAAGGUGGGACAGCCGGCGUAGACCCGGCCAGGACGUCCACAUCUUCUGCGGGAAACUACGACCAGGGCCCGGUCACUCCCACCACAAAUGCAUUCAACUGAGCACGCCGCAACCCCAAUUUGUCGCCGGGGUUGUAAGUUCCGAUGGGGCAGGAGGAUGCGCAGGACCACCCACUGCGGCGCAGCAAAGAGCGGAGAGCCACCCUGCAUCCCAGCCACCCAUCCACCCAUCCACCCAGUCCCCCAGCUAUUGGGGGUCAGAGCUUCGGCCGUAAAAAAGGUCAUUUUGUGUAAUUCCAGCUACUUUGGGUUAAUUGAGGAAUUGUGAUAGCCCGUAGCAUCGCAGAGCAAUACUCGGAAACGAGAGCCAAUUUGUUACUUAGCCUGUUAUCCUUCGCUUCUAGUUGUAAGCAGACAUUCGGCAGAGGUCCUUUAUUCCAUACGAGGUCUCAUCAUUAAAUAAUUAUAAGUUCGCACACACAUUAAAUACAUGAAAUCGCAAAUGCAAAACUAGUUCAGAGUGCGCACUGGCUUGGGAUGUGGCCUUGAGUCUCGAGCAUCCCUACACGGAGCACCUGAUGGCCAGAAUGAGGAAGGCCAGGCUGAAGGAAACGAAGGAAAUGCGGUCCACGGCGGUGGCCAGCAGCGCCCAGUCGAACUGGUUGGCCUUGGCGCCCGGCACCUCGGUGUGGUUGAUGCCCAGCGGACUGGACUCCUGCUCGUCCGCCUCCUCGUACGGGUGCUCGUCCAUCUCCUUGGUCUUCUCCGCCUGCGACUCGCCGGUGGUGCUGAACACCGAGAGCAGCAGCCACGUGCCCAGGUGCCCGUGCAACAGCUUUCUCAGCGCCUCCGGCAGGCGCCUCUUGUGCUUGCCUGUGGCCAGGUACAGAACUAGAACCUCGACGAUGGUGGAGACGCUCAGAUACAGCAGGCUGGUGCUGUAGAAGAUUACUGCAAUUAUAGGAAUGCCCGGUGAGUGGUCGAACUGAACUGAUGAAAUGGCAAUGGGGAGCACUCACCCACAAGUGGAGUAUUGUUGGACAGCACUGGCAGGAGCUGGGCGAAGUACAUGAGGAAGGCGGCGAUCACGAUGAUGAGCAGGCCGUUGAUCAUGAUCUUCUCGCCGCCCAUGUGGGGAGGCAGCCAGAAGGCUGAGAGGGCCAGGAUGACGAUGCAGGACGCGGGUGUGUAGAUGACGGCCGUGUACAUGGAGGAGCGCCGCUGAGCCGUCAGAGUGUACUCCAUGUAGCCGUAGUAGUCCUGACUGACAAAGUGGGCUCGCGAGUCCACGAUUUCCCACUCCGGUGACUGAACCAGGUCGUCGUGGUCAAGGGACUCUCCUCUCGCCGUGCCGUUCUCCGGCAGGACGACCUUCAGGCCCCAGGAGCCGAUCUUCAACUUGCAGCUCUGCUUGUCGUGGGGCCAGUUGAGCAUGUUGAGUUCGCAGUAGGCCGUGUACACGGCUGGAGGCAUCCACCGGAAGUGGCCAUCGUGGCUGAGGGUCACCUGGGUUUCGGCCAUCAGGCCACCUUCGUCGCCGUUGAAGAGUGUGAUUUGGGGGGUCCAGACCUCGCUGGACUUCAAAGUGAUCUGCGUGAUGUUGUCAUAUUGUGACGGUUGCCACACGCGCUCCUCGUCUCUCCAUCGCUAGAAAACCACGAUUGCUUCUGGUUAGUUGAUUGGAUAUUCAGAUAUUCAUAAAUGCACUACACUUAUUAGCUUUAUAGUACUCUCUCAAAAAAAAAAAAAAACAAAACAAAACAACACUUCAGUUCAGUUCAGAUAACACGCUUUCCAAAAUUGCUUAUCAGAGUUGUGAACUUGAGGGAACUCGGAAAUUAUCUGGUUUCUCAGCUACUCGAGACGAAGGAGAGGACGAAGGAGAGGACUGGACUUACGAGAUUCAGCCAGCAGUGGGUGGUCAGCUUGCCGUUCAACUCGUCGAUGUCUAUGUAGGUGACCACCAUUUCCAGGGACACGUUCGUGGGGGUUCCUUGGAACACCGGCUGCACAUCGCUGUCGUAGUUCGUGAACAGGCCGGCGUGGAGGCGAUCCAGGGCCUUGACAUUGGCGUUCUUGGGGUCCGCGGUGGCUGGAGGGGAUUCGAGAUCACACUUAUCAGCGGCUUAUGCAACUCCGGAGCCGUAAACACUUACCAGUGGCGCCUGGCACGGAAGUCAGCCCCAUAAGAAGCAUCCCCAUUAGCAUUUGCAGCAGUAGUGGCAGUCCAGGACCGGAAACUGGUGCCUUUAUCUUGGGAGUCGUCGUCAUUGUUCAGCGCGCCUUUGUUUCGGAUGUACGGUGCUGUGCUCUCGAAAUCUGAAUGGGAACUGAGCUCGGUUUGCGGCUUGGCACAUGGCCGAGGCUCCUCCGAUAUCUCGGUGUUCCUCUGCCGACGCAGCAGAUAAAGCAGCAGCCGACAUAUUUGGGUUUUGUGUGGGAGCCGUGCUCACAUGUACUGACUUCGGGGAGGUUCGAGAGUCAGUUCUCUUAAGAACUUAAUCAAUUCAAAAGCAUUUACAUAUAUCAGCAUAAAAU